UGCUGGCCGGCAGCGUGAACCAGCCGCACGCGCGCGCCAGGGAGGUGUCCACGCUGCUGCUGCUCGCCAUGGGGCUGCUCUUCAGCGUCACCUUCAUGGGGGCGUUUCAGGGCCUGCUGUUCAAGACGCUGACCAUCCCCCAGUACUACCCGGAGAUCGACGCGCUGGAGGCGCUGGCGGACUCCGGCAUCCCCAUCACGACGCGCUCGCAGUCCCUCAUGGACACCUUCGCCUUCGACAGCAUGCGGCGCCUGCAGGACAACUUCCGGGUGGUGCCCAAGAACUGGACCUCGGAGCAGCCCUUCUCCUUCCUCAUCAGGCGCAACGGCGCGUACCUGCGCCCCGAGAACAAGGCCCUGCACCUGGUGGACGAGUGCCCCCGCAAGUACAUGCUGGCCUACAUCGUCAACUGCAACUUCCCCUACAUCUUCGAGCUCAACCUGUUCCUCUUGCGCUGCAUGGACGCCGGCCUCAUGGCCAAGGUACAGUCACAGGCGCCACGAUGAGCCACUCCCAUGGCGUACUCAAUCAUUUUGUAACUGAUAGUGCGGGCCUUGGCGGACACCGAGGUCGGUCCGCGACCUCGCCAA